AUGGAUGAAAUACGGAGUAUUGCCGGAGGCCAAAAAGUCCUUUCUAAAUAUCACCGCCAAGAUGAAUUCCUAAUGAACUCAGGCAAAAAGAUCUUUAUUGAGUGGCUAGCCCUUAAUCGGGAUAAUCCUAGCGAACGAGUGUUAUUUGAUAACCAUUAUGGCAAAGGACCGCAUUAUCAUGAAAAUAACGGAAAAAUUGAGUCAGUGGAACCUCAUAUAGUUCGCUCUAAUAGUAUUGAAGCCUUUUCAACUAAUAUGACUAAAAAUCGUUUAUUAAUAUUUGCGACCUUGGUGGAAAAAAAGCCCACCAAUUUAACCGAAUUAGCUCAUUUAUUACAAAAAGAUUAUGCCUUGGUGCGACGAGAGACCCGCAUUUUAGAAGGGAUGGGGCUUAUUAAAUUAGAAAAAGUUAGUAAGGAAACUCCUAACCAGCAAGGCAGCAAAAUUAAAUUUAGCGAGAUUAAACCAAUUGCUCUUUAUAAACGAAUUAUUUUUGAUUUUCCUAUUUUGAAAGGAGUUCCGGUAGAAAAAACUGCCAUUGAUAGCCGACUAGUGGUUUAA